AUGAUGCCCGAUAUCUGGACCCCGACCAAUGAGCAGGUGAUGGCUGGUCGCAGCAGCAAGAGAUCGAGUGGACGCUUUGUCAGUCGAGUGCGACAUGCCGUGGAAGAACAGAUUGGAUUGACCUUUUCGAGCAACUCAUAUGGCGUUGUUGUCAAUAAUGACGAUAUCCUGUUCAACGACAGUGGAUUUCAGCAAGUCAAUCUGCACGAUUUGGAAUCUUAUACUGAGCAAGUGCUACAAAAGGAACGACGACGACAGCGUGUCUUGUGGUGUAAAGUCUUGGUGGGACUCUGUGCCCUGGUGCUCGUGGUGGUCGCCAUCCAAGGCAGGACUGUGAGCUCGGAUAAUACCACCACAGAAACUCCUCUCGAGAAAGAUAAUGCAUUCUCUGUUGUCCAGGAAGAAGAAACAAAACAAAUCCAUCCAUUAACUGCCUGUGAACGAGAUCUGAACCACAACACAUCCUUUCUUCAGUUGCUACACUCCAUACAAGUUGAAGAUGAUAGUGGCGAAAACCUAGUUCCACACUGUCAAUCAAGGAGUCCAAAGUGUGACUGGUUAAACCCUACUCUGCCGUCUCCCCGCAACGACAAAGACAAGACCGUCAUCGAGGCAUGGAACCAAGCAAUCGACACCCAUCAGGCACGCAUCGAUGCCAUCAUGACCAAACGAAGGCAAAGGGAUUUGGAUGUUGCCAUUGUGGGUGGAACGCUGGUAGAACACAUGGAAGGCAAGGAAUACGGGAUUGCGCAUUCUCAUCUCAAACGAUUCGAAGAUGCCUUUUUGACACUCUUCACUCGCUUGGGUGGUGGUCAUGUCGAUGGCAUGGCUUUGGGUAUGACCGGAGAUCGCAGUGCUCAUGUUCUAUACCGAUUGCACCACGGGACGCAACUAUUGACACGAGACUUUACACCCAAAGUUUGGUGGAUUAUGAUUGGGACACUGGAUUGGGAGCUGGGAGUGUCGCCUCGGUCCAUCGUGGCGGGCAUCAUGGCUAUUGUUCGAGAAAUACGAGGUGUCCAUCCGUCGGCACAGAUUGUCAUUAAUAGUUUGUUGCCUCGAAAAGAACCGGAGGACAACCAAAGCAUUCGACGCAUCAAUCAACUUUUGGCGUGCUAUGUGUUAUCCCAAGCGCUCAUCGAUCAGGAAGAAGAAUUGCAACACGACGACCAGCAAAACCGAAUCAUCGGCAACGACACCAGCACGACAAAGAAGAGCCAUCAUUCUCGUCGUUUGCACUUUUUCAAUGCAACCAGCGUCUUUGUAUCCAAGCAAGAGGAUGGCACCUAUCAACCAAAUCCGAGCUUGUUCCUGCCGGAGGGCAACGAACCGGAUCAUCUGGGCGUUUUUGCAUGGGGUCAAAAGAUUGUUGAAACAGUUCUGGAAAUUAUUCAACAACAACACAAGUCUUAG